AUGUCCAAUGAUGGAAGAAUCCGCAGUCCAAUCAGGACAGCUUUUUUCAGCCACUCAUCCGUGCAGAAAGAGGACCACGCUCCUUAUCUAGCCUACCUGAAGUCUAACUUCAACCCCUGUGUGGGUGUCCUCAUCAAUGCCCGCUGGGUCCUGGCUCCAUCUCACUGCUACUUACCAAAUCUGCGGGUGAUGUUGGGAAAUUUCAAGAGCAGAGUCAGAGAUGGGACAGAGCAGACAAUUCAUCCCAUUCAGAUUAUCCGCUACUGGAACUACAGCCACAGCGCCCCGCAGGACGACCUCAUGCUUAUUAAACUAGCUAAGCCUGCCAUCUUCAACCACAAAGUUCAGGUCCUUCCCAUCGCCACCACCAACGUCCGGCCAGGCACCGUCUGUACACUUUCAGGUUUGGACUGGAGCCAAGAAAACACUGGCAGGCACCCCGACUUAAGACAGAACCUGGAGGCCCCCGUGAUGACUGACAAGGACUGCCAGGCAACCGAACAAGGGAGCAGCCACAGAAACUCUUUAUGUGUCAAAUUCAUAAAAGUAUUCAGCCGAAUUUUUGGGGAGGUGGCCGUGGCUACUGUCAUCUGUAAAGGCAAGCUCCAAGGAAUUGAAGUCGGACACUUUAUGGGAGGGGACGUGGGCAUCUACACCAAUAUUUACUCGUACAUACCGUGGAUUGAAAAAACCACCAAGGAAAGGAUGACUUGA